GCGCAGGGCGGCUCAGAACCGAAUCCUGCGCCGGGGAGCCGAGGCGGGGACGGCGCUGGGCGGGCGGGCGGGCGAGCGGCCGGCGGUCCCACGUGCUCCGCGGCCGGUUGGAACCGUUGGCGGACGCCGGCUGAGAGGCAAUGCUUGCUAUCUUCAGUUGGAGGGACUGACUUCACAUGGUGUAUUUUUGUCAAGAUUUAAAGCCUAUCUUGGAUAGAGAAUAUUUAAUCAUUUAGCUAAAAAUGGUAUUUUUUACAUGCAAUGCGUGUGGUGAAUCAGUGAAGAAAAUACAAGUGGAAAAGCAUGUGGCUGUUUGCAGGAACUGUGAAUGCCUUUCCUGCAUUGACUGUGGUAAAGAUUUCUGGGGCGAGGACUAUAAAAACCAUGUGAAAUGCAUAAGUGAAGACCAAAAGUACGGCGGCAAAGGCUUCGAAGGGAAAGCCCACAAAGGCGAUAUCAAGCAGCAGGCAUGGGUGCAGAAAGUUAAUGAAUUAAUAAAAAGACCCAAUGUCAGCCCCAAAGUGAGAGAACUUUUAGAGCAAAUUAGUGGUUUUGACAACAUUCCCAGGAAAAAGGCAAAAUUCCAGAAUUGGAUGAAGAACAGUUUAAAAGUUCAUAAUGAAUCGAUUCUGGAGCAGGUGUGGAAUAUAUUUUCUGAAGCUUCCAGCAAUGAACCAGCCAGUAAAGGGCAAGAUCACCAGCCACUGAACCCAGUGGCAAAGCCACCUGCGGAAAUCACCACCACAGUGGCCCCUUCCAAAGCCAGUGACACCGCGUCAGGACAAGCAGAGGCAAAGAAGAAUAAGCGGGAAAGGAAGGAAGAGCGGCAGAAGAAAAGGAAAAAAGAAAAGAAGGAACUAAAGUUAGAAAACCACCAGGAGAAGUCCAAGAGUCAGAAGUCUAAAAAGCGCAAACUGAGACUGGAGGCCGAGCAGGAGGCGGGAGGGGAGGGUGCCCCCGAGGCCAAGGGGAACAAGAGCGAGUGUGGAGUGAACGGAGACGUGGACAAGGCGGGAAAGAGGAAGCGGAAGCUUUCUGAAGUUGAAGCUUAUUCCAAGAAGAAGAAGAUGAAGUGCCCAGCACUGGCUGAGGGCGGAGAACCAGAAAACCAUGAAGCUCCUGCAAAAGGUAGCGCUCCUGUCAUUUGGAAAGCUCUGCCCUCUGGGUUGGGAGGAGGAGGGAAAUUCAAUUGGAAGGGGACUAUUAAAGCGGUCCUGAAGCAGGCCCCAGACAAUGAAAUAGCAGUCAAAAAGCUAAGGAAAAAGGUUUUAGCUCAGUAUUACGCGGUGACAGCUGAACACCACAGGUCUGAAGAGGAGCUCCUGGCCAUCUUCAACAAGAAAGUCAGCAAGAACCCCGCCUUCAAGUUACUCAAGGACAAGGUCAAGCUUUUGAAGUGAACAUUUUUAUAUUUAAUAAAUUGAGUCCAUUCUGUUGAUUUCUUCCUUUCACUGCUGUUUGUAAAACAUGUAAUAAAUAAUAACAACUCAAAUUUUGCUUUCUUAUAAGAGAAUAUAUAUUUUUGGUAGAUCUUUCAUGAGAAAAUAAACUAUAUUGUCCU